GAUUAGUGGAGCAGGGAGUGCUGCCCUCCUAGUCGUCACCACUCCCGCUGCCACCGCCACCCCCUCCGCCACCGCCGCCGCCUCCGCCGCCGCCCGACGAAAACCGCCCAGAACUCCGGUCCGCCGGGAAGAUGGAAGAUGGUGCCACAAAGCACGUCAUCCAGAUGACAGGAUUUAAGAUGGAAGAAAAGGAAGCGCUAGUCAAAUUACUUUUAAAGUUAGACUGCACUUUUAUUAAGAGUGAGAAGUAUAAAAAUUGUACACAUCUUAUAGCUGAGCGCCUGUGCAAGAGUGAGAAAUUCUUAGCAGCUUGUGCAGCAGGAAAAUGGGUAUUAACGAAGGACUACAUAAUUCAUAGUGCCAAAAGUGGCAGAUGGCUUGAUGAAACAACUUAUGAAUGGGGAUAUAAAAUUGAGAAAGACUCACAUUAUUCACCUCAAAUGCAAUCUGCACCUAAAAGAUGGCGUGAAGAGCUGAAACGGACUGGGGCUCCAGGAGCCUUCCACAGAUGGAAAGUUGUCCUCCUCGUGAGGGCAGAUAAGCGAAGUGAGUCUCUUGUAAGAGUUUUGGAGGCUGGAAAAGCAAAUGUCAUUUUACCAAAAAGUUCUCCAAGUGGAAUAACUCAUGUGAUUGCCAGUAAUGCAAGAAUCAGUGCUGAGCGAGAACAAAAGAACUUUAAGGCUCCGUUUUAUCCAAUUCAGUAUUUAGGAGAUUUUCUUUUAGAGAAGGAAAUUCAGAAUGAUGAAGAUUCUCAAAUCAGUUCUGGUUGGACCAAAUACAGCAAUCAAGAAAAAGGCAAUGAUUUUAAGAAAGACACAGGAUUUCUUGAAAUGAAAGCUUAUGGAGAGAGCAUAUAUAGAACCCAGAACAAAAUGGAAAAUCAUGAUGAAAGUGUUAAUGGUAGAUUUGUUCUGAGUGGACAUCACAAAAAAGAAAACUUCAGAGACUGCAGAAAAGAUGUGAAAUCUCUUAAAAAGAGAAAUACAUUCAGAAGACAUACACAUGAGAAUCAGAAAGAAACUAAGAAAAAAGUUAAAAAUAUCCAAAGGAGUUACAUUUUAAGGAAAAAGAGCAAAAAAGAAGGUUAUUGCAAAACUGAUGAUGAACAUGACACAAUAAGUAGUACUUUUAAAAAGCGUGUGCGUUACAGAGAUAAGAAAGAAAUGAAGAAUUCUCUUAAUGAUUAUGCCAAUGAAUCAAAAAUCAAGGAUGUCAAGGCAGAUAUGGAUCUCACUGAAGUAAAAAAUGCCUUAAAAAAGCAGAUAUACAGAGACAUAUAUAGAGCUCAGGCUGUCCGGUACAACUGCAUUAGAAUCGAUAAACAGCCUGUAUACAAUGUAGAGGGUAAAAACGCAGAGCUCCCCAGAGGGAUAUUAAACUUAAUUGAAAGCCUCAUAGAGGGACAGUUCUUUAAAGAAGCCAUUGAAGAGCUGUCCUCCUUGCAAGCCCAGUAUGUGCCCCCUGUGUGCCUUCUCCAUGCCCUUCUAGAGAAUGUUCUGCAGGAUAACAUAGAUACAUUUUCUGGUCGAUACUUUCAUAUAUUAUCAGCUCUUCUUCAUCUGCAUCCUCCUUGGAAAUCACCAGCCAUGUUAAGAUACUACUUAGAGUUAUUUCAGUGCCCAACCUGUAGGAAAGGAGCCUGGUCUCUGGUAGAAGUGCUUAUCAGGUCUUGCCUUUUCAAUGAAGGUUUCUGUCAUCAAAUAUCAGAAAAUAUUGGUUCUAAGGUGGUCCAUCUUACAUUGCUCAAGUUUUUCUUUCAUUUACUUGAAAGUGAAGUACGGCAUUUGAGUCAAAAGUUGUGUGACUGGUCAAGUUCUCAAAAUCUAAAGGUAACAGAAAAAGCAAUUCUUCUUGAAAUCUUUUGGUCAGGAAGUGAAACUUCAGGACUUUUGACAAAACCAGUAAAUAUGCUUUUGGAGUGGACUAUCUAUUCUCACAAGGAAAAAUGCAAGUCUAAUGAUGUCUUCAAACAUGAACUAGCUUACUUACUGACGGGAAUUCUUGGAGCAGCAAUAGAUUAUUGGAUCUUCCUUGGUAUUCAUAUGGGUAGAAAUGUGAUCCGACACAUGUCUGCUGACUUAGGAAGCUACAUCUCCCUUUCCUGCGAUGAUUUUUCUUUCCAAGAACUAGAGAUCUUCAUUUGUUCUUUUUCAUCUUCCUGGCUUCAAAUGUUUGUUGCAGAAGCAAUCUUUAAAAAGUUGUGCUUCCAGGGCCCUACCAGCACUUGCACUGAGCCACUCUCUCUUCAGAAAAUAAUAGACUCCUAUUUGCCUGUUUUGGGGAAAAUGGACAUACAUGGGGCUGGAAAAAUGCAGAUGCCAAAAAAAAUCAUCCAGCGGCCUUGCCUAGAGCCUCAGAGAGCACUACUAAUGCUGAAUGGUGCAAAGCCAAAACAAGUUGAAGGUCAGCCAGAAUUUCCCGAGUUGAACCGUGCUAAAUGUUCCUCAUCAUUGAAAAAAUUGAAAAAGAAGUCAGAAGGAGAAUUGUCAUGUUCCAAGGAGAAUUGCCCCUCUUUGGUUACAAAGAUGAAUUUUCACAAAACUAAUCUAAAAGGGGAAACAGCUCUGCAUAGAGCCUGCAUAAAAAACCAAGUGGAGAAAUUGAUUAUUCUUCUCUCUUUGCCAGGAAUAGACAUCAAUGUUAGAGACAAUGCUGGCUGGACGCCUUUGCAUGAAGCCUGUAACUAUGGCAACACAGUGUGUGUCCAGGAAAUUUUGCAACGUUGUCCAGAGGUAGAUCUGCUCACUCAAGUGGACGGGGUGACUCCUUUGCAUGAUGCACUGUCAAAUGGACAUGUUGAAAUUGGCAAGCUGCUUCUCCAGCAUGGGGGCCCCGAGCUUUUACAACAGAGGAACUCUAAGGGGGAGUUGCCCUUGGAUUAUGUGCUGUCACCAAAAGACAGGGAAGAACUAUUUGCCAUUACCAAUAUAGACGAUACAGUGGACAACUUUCAUGCUCAGACACAGAAACAUCUUUAUCACCAGCAGCUUGAAUUUGGUUCAUUUUUACUAAGUAGGAUGUUGCUUAGUUUUUGUUCAAUAUUUGAUUUAUCUUCAGAAUUCACCCUAGCUUUCAAAGGGUUGGCUCAUCUCAGUGAGUUGCUUAUGGCAUGUAAUAGUGACACAGAAGCCACCAGUGGACACACUGACUGGUUACUGGAUCUCUAUGCUAGAAACAUAAAAGCAUUAAAGAAGCUCCCCGAUGUUCUUAAGGAACUGCCUGGGAGUCUAAGUGUGUGUCCUGGAGUGCAUACUGAGGCCUUAUUGGUGACCCUGGAAAUGAUGUGUCGGUCAGUCACAGAGGUGUCGUGAUGCCGGAAAGUGUGGGUAAGAUUCUAAACAUACACUUGCUCUGUCACUUAGUAUAAUAGUCACAGCUUUGCUUAUGGACACAUUUGAUUUAGUCACUGACAGACUUACAGCAGAUUUUCAUAGCACUUAAAAACAUCUGCAGAACUAGAAUACAGGCUCCCUAUCCAGGUUUGGGAUUUAACUCAGAAAAGAUACAACAAUAAAAGGAAGUAGUGUUGUUGGGUAUAAAAUGCUCUUAUUAAUCGUUAAAAUUCUUUGUUUUGAAAAUAUUUAUUUAUAUUGUUUUGUAGAAAAUAAAAUAUUUUUUCAUAUCAAAAUGUCCGUUCCUCUAAGUGCUGUAGGUUUUUAAAUCAUGAUAAUGAUAUUCAUUAAAAUGUAUAUCUAUAUACUUGAAAAACUUGUUUCUCCUUUAUAUGCUAAUGUCUAAGAUGCAUUUGUUUUUCCUUGUUUCUAAAAUAAACCUUUUUAGAAUUUUAAAUUAUAUUUAAUAAUCUUUUUAAAUGUUAUUUAUUAUUUGCAAUUUAACAUUUCAGUUCUUUGAUCUAUUGUAGUUUAGCAGCGCAUUAUAUGAAGUAUGCUUUUGUUCAAUUAACCAGUCUUCUGUCAGUGAAAACAUUUUGCCACAUAUAAAUUAAAUAAUAUAAUUAAAAUUUACAAUAAGAUUACUGUGGAAUAAUAGGUCUGAGGUUAUCUGAAAUUUUAGUAUGCAGUAUGAAUUUGCAGAUUAGUGUUUCAGCUUUUUUCCUAAUAGUUUAUAACUUAAAAGACAGAGUGUGACUAUUAACCACUUAAGAGAUUGUAAUUCCUUCACUGGUGAAAGUAAGUUACAUUGUGUUAUAGAUGGGGGAAAAGAAUCUUGAUGUUAUGUAAUGUAAUUGCUACCCGAGCAGCAACUAAUGUGUUAAAGAAGCUUUAUGCUUCAUUUCACAAACAGAUCUUUCAGCAAGAGACAGAUGCUCAAUGUCUUAGUCUUUGCACGCUAAUAAAAAUCGAACUUCUGUAAGAUUUCAAAAUAAUUUUUAUGUACUGUAAGUAAUAACAUAAAAAUUUGUUUUUGUUAUUAAUCCUCCAAAGUAUCAGCAAUCACGAAUAGUCACUGGGGAGGCUGAGUUAGGGGAAUGACAGUGAGUUUGUAUACAGACUAAGUUACAGUGUGACCCUGUCAGAGAGGAAGACAAAAAAGAAGCAAAGAGGAGAAGAUGGAAAAGAGAAAGGAACCAGAAAUAGUCACUGAAUCUCAUUAUGAAGGCACCUUGGGGGAAUGCUCCUCCAUAAACUAACACAAACUUGAGCAUAGACUUUGACUCGGGCAUGGGGUAAAUCUGGCUAAUUUGUUCUUGCAAGGACUUUCUUUUUCUGUUUUGGUUUUCUUAUAUGUCAAAUGGAAAUAAUGUCAUGUCAGGUGUUCUUGUCCUGUCUCUGUCUAUGAUGCUUCAUAAACUUUCUUUCUACUAUUUUAUUUGCUAAUAAUGAGCUGCUGCUGAAGUAGAAAGGAAGAUGCUAAAGUGGACAGUGAUUUUAUGACUAAAAGAUAUGAAUAGUAUCAUGAGUUAGGAUUUGUACUGUUAGGGAGUUCCAUAGUUAGAUACUCACUGAAGAAUAUUUAUUUGACUGAACUAUCGCUAUUGCACAGCAAGCUGUUUUGUGUCCCACAAGCCAUAAUGCCAUGUUCCUCCAAGAUGUCUUCCUUUGAGAAGGCAUUGUUUCACAGUACGGGAUCCUGUGUUCUGUGCAGAAUUACUACACUUCAAGAUUCCAGUAUUAUUUGUAUUAUUUCUUGUUUUGUAGUUUAGAAAACAUAAUUGUUGUCUUUAAUCUAUCUUAAAGGUCAAAGAGGAAAAAAAAUCUAAGCAUUUAAAAGUCCUGAGUUAACUUUUCAUUGUAGACUUUUCAAAGUUGCAGGUGAAGACAAAGCUGAGUGAUGUCACUCUGUCCUGCGUCCUCCCAGAGCAGACAGACAGUCCUAUGGGAAGUAAAUCAAACUAUCGCCCCUUCCACAAUGUGAAUAAAAGUCAGUGAGCUUUCCUCCUUGGUGCAGUUUAUUGCGGUUCUUAGACAGACCUUUGGAAUUUUCCUGUGUUCUUAAUGUUAGUUCCACUGUAGAGAAUGAAGUACAAGUUCUGUAGACAUAGUUUCCUACAAAACUGACCAGGAAAAAAAAAAAUCACUUCUUCUAAUAUAUAACAAUGGAAAAGGAAUUACUGUUUUAAGUUCAACAAAAAGCUAACAGAGCCCAAAAUAAUAUACUUCUUAGGAGGAGCUGUGAAGGAAGGAAGGCUGACCAACUGGGAAGGUAAGCUAGAAUUAAAUGUGUGUGUUUUCAUGUGUUUAUUUGAAGUGCUGUAGAAUGAAAAUUAGUUCUGUGUGUUCCUGGAAGCUUUAGUAAGUGUACCCUACUUUUUAAAUUGAAAUACUGAGCCUGAUCGUACUUUAAUUUCUGAUAGUACAUUUGAUGAGUAUUACUUUGGCAGUUCUAUUUUUAGAAUAAAUAGGCAGUGGAUGGGCUUUUGAAUUCAUAGUGAUCAUUCAGAGACAAAUGUGAAUGGGUUAAUGCUGGGGCAUAUACAUAAAUACUACAAGAAUGUGCUUGCUCUUUCUUGAUGCUGUUAUAGGAAAAUGAAUAGAUUUACAUGAAAAGAAAAACUUACUGAUGGGUUUUACAGCCCUCCUGCCUCUGAUGAACUUGGGAAGAGCUGUCACUGUCGCUCCUAAGCCAGCAGAAUGGUGUCUUCUCUGACUGGCAUGAGCUACUUACUGCCUCCAACCUUUAUUUGGUAGCUUCCAUGCCUAUUGCGUCUUCUGCUGAGAUAGAUCUUGCAAAACUCAAAAUGAUUAUUGUUUUUAUAUCCGAUGUGGAUUGAGUUAGAAAGGUCAGUUACAGACUUACUGACAAGUACCUGGUUAUGUUAAACUGAACAAGGAGUAGUUAACUAAUGCAUGUAAAUUCGAUUAUGUUAUCAGAAAAUUCAGCUUGUAUUUUAAAAUGAAUUGCAGUAGGGAAGUGUUUUUUGUUAAUUUCUAAGCCUGUAUCAGAGAAAAUAUCAUGCACUAAAUUGACCAGAAAAAGUUACAUUGCUUCUGAGCAUACUUUCUUCAGCACACUGAUGAAGGAAGACUUUCAGAGAAGUAUUUUAUAAGACUUUUUAAUAUCGAUAAUCAUUAGAUUAUUACUCUUAUAGUAAAUUCUGGUCCUGAUCUUAGAGAACAUAUAGAGUUGUAUGUAAACUCCUAACCCUAGUUUAUGAGAACACGAGCAACAUAAACUGUAUCUUUUUUGUUUAUUAAGAUAUGAAGUUGUAUGAAUUGUUAGAAAGAAAAUUCCUUGAAAUUAUUUGAAUAAAAUCUUAGAGAUUUACAAAUAUAAGUGAUUAUUUUUUGUAGAUUAUUGUCUCUUUGGAAGUUUUUUUUUUCUCUUAUAAACUGUUUAUGGUGUGAUCUAUUUAAACACAUUGUUGCUUUUUCUAGUGUAGAUAUAAUGCAAUUGAACUUUUAUCAGCCUGUUUUUAAAAGUUUGAACUGCAGCUCUUAAUCCUAGAUAUGAAUGAUUUUUCUUAAAAAUAUAAUGCUUUGCUGUUAAAGAUAUAACUAUAUUUGCAUCUCUUUAAAUUAAAUACAGUGAACUCUUUUUGUGUUUAAAACUGCUGACUAAUAAAAAGCCAACUGUGUUGUCAGAGGGACUACUGAUCAGUUAUUCAGUAAUCAUAAUGAAAGGUGGAUAUUCAUACAUAGCAUGGAAAUGUUGAAAUCCAUUGCCUUUAACAGGUAUAGACCCAAGAAAGUUUUAUUAGCUAAACAUCCAUGUGUUCUUCUGUCCAGUUAAAAUUGAUAAAUGUGAUCACCUUUCUUCUCAUAUUAUCAGAUUGUAUCAAAUAAACAUUGAUGGCCCAUGAAUAGUAAUUAUUGAUAGAAAUGGAUUAGUACUGUAGACUAUAAAUGAUUUAAUACUAUCAAAAAUAGAAGUUUAAAAUACAUUUAACACUUCCAGAGGACAUCAUUUGCACUGAACUAGAAAUCUAGACACCAACUUUUGAGUUUUCAGCUAUCAUUUCUUCUGAUGGUAGAUGAACUGAGAUUACUAACGUUUCUCUGUUCUUUUGUUCCCAAGUGAAAGGUCAUAUGGGGUGGGGGGGGGGGGGCAGGGAUCAUUAAUCUUAAAGUGGUAACCAGAGUUAGUUUGCUAUCGGUGACUCACAGCCUUCGUGUCAGAUCAGCAUGCAUGGUGGAUGUAUAAUGUGUCUGUAGUUUUUUUAGGGGGGGAUGUGUUGGGUGUGUGGCUUUCCCUGAAAGACAAAUUUUUUCCAGUUUGCAUUCUUUCUGUUGUACAGCAGCGAUGAAGUGACGGAGCAUUGUGUAGAAUUUGAAUAGAUUAAGAUGUGCAUUUUAAAAACAAAAACAAGUGGCAAAAAUGAAACCUGAGCAGGAGAAUGAGGGAAAAUGGUUAGAAAAUGUCUGAUUUAAAGGAAACAAGAAAGGAAAUGUUUCCAACUGUUGUUGAAAACAAUGAUUAAAGUUACUGACUACAUAAAAUCAUACAAAAAUACUGAUGUGGGAGUCCCCUCUGUGUGCU